AUUAAAGCACGCGUCGAAUUUGAUUUGACAGUUCGCCGCGUCCUAACAGCUGUUUUACCAUUUGCCUCGAAAAAGCACGAUUUUAAAAUCGGUUGAGCUUGUUUGCACGUGUCUCGGAGUAAAUUUGAAAAAGAAUCGUUCAUGGUAUAAAAGUGUUGAAUAUGGAAGAAGAAGUCGGCAUUAAAGUGACAAGGUUGAGACGCAGGUUAUCUGUUGAAGCUGAAGAUGUCAAGUCUCCUUCACAAUCUACACCAACAAAGAAGAGGGGUGGGAGAUUGGCUGCCAAGCCACAAUUGGAACUUAUUGCUGAGAAUGCUCCAGAAGCAGCCCCAAAACGGACAAGAAAGUCCAUAGCAGAGCCAGUUGAAGAGAAAGUAGUAACACCAUCAAGGCGCAGUACCAGGAUUAGGUCCAAUACCAGCAUAGUGUCUGAGACUCCAGAUGUGGCUGAAGAUAAGGGAACACCCUCUAGACGCAGCACUAGGAUAAAAUCGAACACCAGCAUCAUAGCUGAGACUGUUCAGAAUGUUAACUCACCAAGAGCUAAAAGGGCUGCGAGGAGAACUUCUUUGGCUGGCAGUGACAAUGAAGCUCCAAUCACCCCAGCUAGACAGACAAGAAGAACUAGAAAAGAUUCAACUUCCAGUGUUGACAAGCCUGUUGAAGCUGCUGGUAAAUUAGAUACCCAAGUUACAGACGUCAUUGUAGAAGAAGCAGAAAAUAAUGCCAAAGACUCCAAUACUGGUGAAAAAUCUAUAACUGAAACAAUUGCUGAGAAAUCUAAAUCAGAAUCACCAGUCAGAAAAAGUCCUCGACUUGUUGGUAAAGCCAGAAAAAGCACUUCCAUAGACGCCGAAAACAAAGAACAUGAGCUCCCAAAUGACAAAGUAACAAGUGAAGCAACUGAUGUAGCCGACAAAUCUAUAUCAGAAUCAAAAGUUGAACAAAAAAAUCAACCCAAAGCCCAAAAAACAUCAGAAGAAAUUAACAUAUCUAUGGCCAGUAAGAAUCUCAUCGAAAAACUAGAAGAAGCUCCCAAAAAGACCAAAAACAAUCUUAACAAAACCACGACAGCUAUUGAAGAACCACAACUCAAAAGUAAUAAAAGAAACAGGACAAAAUCAUGGACUACAAUCUCUGUUGAACCCACUCACGAAAAUAGCUUCUGCAGUGAUAGUGAAGCUACCAAAAAGAAAAACAAAAAUAAGAGUGAUACUCCUAAUUUAUCUAUCAUAACUGGAUCUGGUGAUGGUGUGAUGAACUCAAGUAAGGGUGAAGAAAAUGUUUUGUUAAACACUUCAACACUUUCAAACAAAAAAAAGAAAAAACGACAUGAAAUAUCCAUGAAUGUGGAGACAGAAACAUCUUUAAACGAAGUUUCUGGGGUAAACACAUCUUUGAAUAAAUCAUCAACACAAUUAGACGCUAAAGAAGUUUCCAAAGAUGUUGAUGAAGGUAUUGAUAGUUUAAAUUCGUCACAAAAACUUGACUCCAGUAACACUCAGAAGUUCUUUGAACAUGCUCCAAGUGGUAAUGUUCAAUCUUUAGUAUUUAUUGAAGACUCAGACUCUAAUCAUGAUAGUAUUGGGAAAGAGAGUGGAAACAGUGGAGAUCAGCUGGUCCCAGUUGUUGACCAUCACUUAGAGAAGGAAGAAACAGCUGAUGUGGCACAAAGUAAUCUCAGUUAUGAACCAAUGGACAUUGAUGAAACUAUGCCAGAAAAUGUAUCACUUUCUACUUUUACUGAAACAAAUGAUUCAAUUAGUGACAAGGAAAAUAGAAAAUCUAUUUUAAACAAUUCUCAAAACGCAAAUGUUAGUCUCAAUAAGUCCAAAAGAAAAUCUGCAAUAUCAAACAUAGCCACAGAAGAUAGUGUUGAUGGUGGGUCCAAAUCACAAAGAAAUUCUUUGUCUGAAGUGACUAAUGACGAUGUUGCAGAUACUAAUAAAUCAAAGAGAAAAUCAUCCAUAUCUAAUAUUAGUUCUGAAGAUACUAAAGACAAUGCUUUACAAGAUGCGAGUUGUAAAUCUUUAGUGAUAGAUAUGGACACUCAAGUUGAUAGUAUUCUCAAUAAAUCAAACAAAUCCAAGAGAAAGUCUUCCAUAUCAAACAUUGCAACAGAAAACGAAGCAAAUGAUAGUACUAACAAGUCUGUCAGAAAGUCUCUAAACAAAGAAGCAUCUAACAAUGACAGUGUAAACAAAGGAUUAAACAAAUCUGUAAGAAAAUCAACAGUGUCAGACUCAACCAAUGAUAAUUUAGAAAAAAGUUUAAAUAAAUCCAAGAGAAAGUCUUCAGUAGCUGAUAUAGAAGUAGAAAACAAUACAGAAGAAGAUUUAAAUGAUGCAAGUAACAAAUCUACAAGAAAAUCUGCAAUCCUGAACACAACCAAAGGUGAUAACAUUGAUAGGAGCUUAAAUAAAUCCAAAAGCAAAUCUUCAGUGACAGCUAUGGUUGCUGAAGUAAGUGCCAAUUGUCUUAAAACAUCAAUUUCUGAUGCCUGCAAUGAUGAUGACAUGUUCAACAUGAGCAAUAACAAAUCAAAGAGGAAGUCGUCAAUUUGUAAUGUCUCUAAUAAUGACAGUAUUAAUAAGAGUUCUAAUAAAACCAAGAAUAAAUCACUUAAUCUGGAUAAAUCUGAAAAUGCUAAUAAAAGUACUCUUGUGUUAUCCCAACUUAAAGAUACUUCAGAAAAUGAUGUAAAUUUAGAAACUAGUGUUCCUAAAGACAAUAAUGAAUCAAGUGAACAGUUGUCGAAGUCUGUUAAUGUGCCAAAUAUGAAUUCAGAAAAAGAGACUGAUAAGAAAAAUCUGUCACUGACAUAUUCAACUAGCACACCUCUUCAACAAAAAUCACUUAAAAAAUUGGGCUUGCAGAUUAACAGUUCAAUUAUUGCUCCGAAUAGUGCAACUAAGGCUGAGAAAAAAGAUACUCCUAACAAGUCAAAAAAAGAAUUAUCUAUUCUGAAACAGAAAGAGGAAGCCGAAUCCUCCGACGAAGAAGAUUCAGAAGACGAGUCUGAUGAAGCAGGUUCAGAAGACGAGUCUGAAGAAGAAUCUUCAUUGAAAAAGAGUAAAAUGGUGGAUGAUGAAGCAGAAGAAGCCAGUGACGAUUACGAAUCAGGUGAUAGCAGGGAUGAGGAUGAAAAAGAUUAUGAGGAACAAAAUGAAAUAGUAGAAAAGGGCGAAACUCUCGAUUCAGAAGAUGAAGAUGAAUAUUCUGAUGACUCUGACUACGAAAAAGGUUCAUUUGUUGUGACUUCUGAUGAAGAGGACAAUGAUUUGCUUAGUGGGUCGGGCGAUGAUUUGUCUAUGAGUGAUAAUGAACUAACGAUGAGUGCAAAAUCCAAAAAUAAAUUCAAUGAACGCAAAAUAAAGGAACAGAAAAAAGCUUCAAGAGAAAUGUUUGAAUCAAGACAUAAAUUGAAUGAAUCUGACAAGAGUGCCAAAUCCACUAAGGCUAAGUCGAAGAAAAAUAACCGCCAGCGUUUAGAUUCAUCUUCCUCAGAAUCAGAAGAGGAAGUUACCGCACAAACUAAGAAAAACAGGCGGCAAAGAAUCGAUUCUAGUCAAGAUAUCAGUGUUAAAUCUGAUGCUGACAAAUCCAUGAAUAAAAAGAAAGCAAAACGCUUAUCGGAAUCUGUAUGUGAAGAAAAUGCAACAAAUGAAAAAGAAAUAACACUUCCUGAUGAAAGCCAGACGGCUGAAACUGAUCCUUUGAUAUUGCGUAACAUUGUUAAAGUAGAGCCUAAAACUCCUCAAAAGGAAUUGGGGAUUCCAAUAGUAGCAGUAACUGAUAUGGAUGAGGUGGAAGAAGUGAAUGUUGAUGAAGACAUUUCGAUGAUAAAAACAAAUCAAACUUCCGAUCCUCUACAGGAUCCCUCCAUUGCAAAGGAUGACGAGGAUGUUACUGAUGAUGACUCAAUUAGUGAAAAUGAAGAAAUAACACAAAAUUAUGAAUCUAUUCUUAAUAAUUUGAAUAAAUCAAAUACAAAGAAGAUUAAAAACGCGGACAUUUCUUUAGAUCUCAAUAAAAAGACGAAACAAAAGUCAAAAGAGCCUAUAGUAGACCAGCUUAAUCUUACGCAAGUUAAGAAACAUAACAAAAAGAAAGUUGAUUCUGGCGAUAGUGCUAAAGAAAAUAAGAAACGUGAUAAGUCUUUGAGUAACAAAAGUAUGGAUAAAAUUGAAAAAGAAGUCAAUGCAUUCUCUGAAGGUUCAUCUGAUUCUAUUGAUAUGAAACUGUUAUUCAACGAAGACAGUAAUGACAGUGAGUCAGUGAUGACUAGUAAGAAAAAGGAAACAAGUCUUAUUGCCAAAAAUGAUGACCAAGAAGUUGCCGAGAAAUUCAUACCUCUCAAGAGAACUGAAGCGAAAACAAACAUUCUUGAAGAUAUUGAUGUCGGCAACAAGUCGAAGAAUGGGUCUUUAUUGAAUGUAAGCAGUAAUGAAAAGAAGAAUAAGCGCAAAUCGUCUCAGACGGAAGAAACAUCAGCUAUGAAUGCCCCAGAGGAAGAGACUUUAGGCUUCUUUAUAGACACAACGGGCACUCAUGAUGAAAAUAAAACUGAUGCCAACUCUUCAAUAAAGAACAGUGCAAAGAAAAACAAACAAAAGAACAAUGUUUCCUUCGUCGAUAUUGCGGAUGCAUUAGUGGAUGACGAUUCUAAUGACGCGCCAUUGGAAGUUUCCUAUCGCAGUGAGAAAAACAAAACCAGACAAGACUUAAAUAUAACUCAAAAUAAUGAAGUAGAUGAUAUAGUAAUUGAAACAACCAGCAGCAGCAAAAAGAAGAAAAAGAACAAAAAAGGAUUAAAUAAUUCUCAAAAUGUAACAGACAUCAGUAUUCUUGAAAAUGCAGAGAAAGUGUCAGAAAACAACUCAAAUAACUCUAUGUCUAAUGCAGACAGCAGUGCGAAAAAGAAAAAGAACAAACUAUCAGAAUCCCAAAUAGACCAUGAAACAGAAAUUGGAAUCCCAGGAGAAGCAGAGCAACACAUUUCUGUAGAUAGUGGCAAGAAAAAGAAACACAAUUCUAUUCCACAAAUGACUGCAGUUGAACCAGAUGAUGAAGAUAACACAAAUGAAAGUACUCUGGAGCAGACCACAAAGAAACGCAAACGUAAAUCUUCACAUAAUCAAACAGUUGAAGAAAUAGUUAUCAAAGAUACUGUAAAACUUGUUAAAGAUGAGUCUAUGACAAAAAAUAACCAAAAGAAAAAACGGAAAAUUUCUAACAAUGAUGAAGAAAACAAACCUGAUGGUGCCGAUAGUGAAACUCAACAAAAAUCAACUGCUGUUGGUAAUACUAAAAACAAAAGAAAAGUGAUACAACAACAAGAAGUGGACAUAAGUGAUGAGGGAACCAAGAAAAACAAGAAACGAAAAGAAAGAGAUGACGAUGAUUCUACUAAACAAUCCAAGGUUCUUAAACAAAAUUCAUUUGAUAAAGUUCAUAUUCCGCGCCUGCCUGCUAAUGUAUUAAAACACCUUGAUGAAAAACUUGCGAAGGGUACAGAAACAAAGAAAACGAAUGUAACAUCUACAUCAUCAUUUGUUGUAGAAGAAACCAGGAAGAAAAGAAAUAAACCAUCAAAUUAUCUGGAAGAAAGUGUUUAUUUGAAUGAUGAUGGCAAUGGCAAAAAUCUUAAGCCUUCCAUCAAGAAACCAAAAGUUUUACCGUUCAUACCAACUGCCUCGACAUCAGACAGUGGGUUUACAACUAAUUUCAAAGUUAGUUUAAUUUCUCGUGAAACACAAUUUGUUGCACAAUCCACUGCCUUACCCAACUUUAAAAAUGAUUACCUUAAUAAGAAAAGAAUAAAGAAACUCGGUACAUUUGAGCUCUAUAAAAGACAAAGAAAUAUCAAAAUAUCGAAAUUUUAACAUUCUGCAAUGGAAUUGCGUCAAAGUAUGUUGCCAUUAUACUGCCUUUUUCAGUGUGAUUUAAUAUUAAGGUCCUGGUGUAAUGUUCUACUCAUUAUUUGGCUGUAAUAUCUUAUUGUUAGAUCUUUAUGAACUUGUUAAUGUUGCAUUGUUAUAAAUUGAAAACUGCCAAAAGUUAGAUACUUUGUUGUGAACUACUUUCUCCUUGACGAUUACGACAUAGAUAAUAGCAAAUAUUGUGUAAGUACUUUCUAUAUUCCGUCUGUAUUUUUUAUAUUGUAUUGUUGACUGAUAAAUUGUAUGUUAUAAUUGUUUAAUUAGCAUGAUUGACAUUUGGCUUGUUUUUGACAAUACUUUACUGUUUGUGGUUUAUGUUAUUUAUAAUUUUACUUGUUUUAGUUAAGUAUUUUAGAUGCCUGGAUCAUAGUUAUGUGAAAACACUACAAAAAAAAACUGAGGCAAAGAUGCAGUGCAUUUAUUAAGUUGAUACUUUAUCUAUACGUGCUUAAUGUUUUUAUAUCAGUUUAUUAGUGUUCGAAAGUAUCAACAAUUAAAAACAAAAUUUAAUUCUUUGUUCCUUUAUAAACUACGAAUGAAUGAAUGACUUCGAAUUUUGUUAUUUUUAAAGUUACCGCCAUAAAUGUUAAUGGUUUUGUGAGGAGCCACUAGAGGGCGCUGGCGUCGGACUAAAGUGGUAUCGCCCAUGUGCCUUCGGUUUCAAUUUAUAUUUACUUAGUUUUGGACAUUACAUUAUUUACUUCAAUAAAAACAUUCUUUUAAAUGAAAUAAUUAUUUUAACAUAAACUUUUACCAGUAAAAAGUUACAUACACGUCAAAAGUACUUCCCGCCUUA